CGCGACGGGCGUGCGCGGGGCGUGACGUCAUGGGGCGCGUGCGCUCCGCUCCGGUUUUCUUUUCCUUUGACGCCCCGCUGCCGGAAGUGAGGUCACGGCGCGCCCGGAAUGACGACACAGGCAGCGCCUCGUGACGUCACCGCCCCCGGUGGCCCGACGGCGGAGGAGAGGGGCGGGGCCGAAGCGCGGCGUCACUUCCGGGGGGCGCGGUUCAUCAUGGAGGCCGGUCUGCGCCUGGGGCUGAGCUCGGCCGCGCUCAGCACCGCCCUCGGUGCCUUCCUGCGCUUCGCCCGCCAUCACCGCAGCCCCUACGACCCCGCCCUCGUGGCCGCCGCCGCGCUCCUAUUGGCCGGGAAGGCGCAGGGGGCGGGGCCUCGAGCCCGCGACGUCAUCAACGUCACGCACAG